AUGCUGCGCAUACUGCCAACACCGUCGGAAAUCACCGAAAAAACACCAAGUGGUGUUCAAAAUUUGGCGGAGCUAGAAAAUGUUAAUAAUCACUCUGAGAAUUCACACUUCCAUUCUGUUCCGGACUCACUCAACCGCAGUCCGGAUAAAUACAAUAGCAAUAGUUUCCAAAAAUCUAUCGAAUUUAAAGACCUCGUUUAUGCUAUCUUCCAGGGUCGUGGCCUUCAGCCCAAAUUUCUUUUAAAAUCAGUAUCUGGAAACUUCAAGAGCGGUGAACUAGUAGCAAUAAUGGGACCUAGUGGUGCUGGUAAAAGCACUUUAAUGAAUGUACUUGCUGGCUUUAAAACAAGAAAUGUGUCUGGUCAAAUCUUGGUCAAUGGCAAACCUCGUCAUCUUGCUUCCUUUCGGCGAUCUUCCUGCUUCAUUAUGCAAGAUGCGCCGUUACUUUCACAGCUAACUGUUGAAGAGGCAAUGACUUGCAGUUCGCAGCUUAAUUUGCCGCAGAACUGCCCAAAUGAUCAACGGAAGUUAAUUAUUGAUGAGAUUUUGCAGACCUUGGGGUUAUCCGAAACUCGCAACAUUAUCACUUCUGAUUUGUCUGGAGGUCAAAGGAAACGUCUCUCGAUAGCCCAAGAAAUGAUCAACAAUCCACCAAUUAUGUUUUUUGAUGAACCUACAAGUGGUCUUGACAGCAAUGCAAGUCUUCAGUGCAUCGUGGCGCUUCAAACAAUUGCAAAACAGGGAAGAACUGUUGUUUGUACGAUUCAUCAGCCCAGUGCUACGAUCUUCGAUAUUUUUGAUCAGCUUUACUUCCUUCGAGCUGGUCAAUGCCUUUAUCGCGGUCCAGUAAAAUUUCUCGUUCCCUAUCUAGCCUCACUGGGACUUCAAUGCCCAAGGUAUCACAAUCCCUCAGACUUUUUGAUGGAUUUAGCUUUCACUGAGGAGGAUCAGGCGACAGCAUCUUCCAUUCUUCUCAGCGCGGUUAAUAAUGGACGUCUAGAAAAGGAGAUUGUACGCCUCCAGGCUUUGGGUGCUUCCUCUUUCCUCGAGUCUUUAAGUGCAACUGUUAAGGUGUCUGUCGAAGGUGCCAAUGUCUAUGGAAUAGCCAAUGGUGAUGAGACGGGCAUGGAGAUACCUUCAACUUCGGUUGAGCAGAAGGACCAAUCAAUCUUUCGAAAAACGAUAAGGAUUCUGACCAAACGGACUCUCAUUUGCAUCUGGCGGGAUAAGACGCUGACACGACUUCGUCUGCUGGCACAUGUAGUAGUCGGCAUACUGAUUGGAUUGCUCUACUUCAAUGUCGGCAACAAUGGCUCUCAAGUGGGCAAUAAUGCAGCCUUCAUAUUCUUCUCCACCCUUUUCAUCAUGUUCUCCUCUCUCAUGCCCACAGUCAUGACAUUCCCGUUGGAAAUGCGUGUCUUUUUGACGGAACACCUCAAUUAUUGGUACAGUGUACGCGCCUACUACUUUGCCAAGACACUUGCCGAUCUUCCAUUCCAGGCAAUCAUCUACGGUAUGAUUGGUUACUUCAUGACUGAUCAACCUCUGGAGUUCAAUCGUUUCAUGAUAUUCCUUACCAUGCUCGUGUUAACUGCUUUUGUGGCACAAGCCCAAGGCCUGCUCAUUGGUGCAUCUACUGAUCUUGAGGUAUCCGUUUUUCUGGGUCCCGCAACAGGCAUUCCGAUAAUCCUCUUCUCGGGAUUCUUCAUCACUCUGGACACAAUUCCAAAGUACUUACAAUGGCUCUCCUACAGCUCCUUCACUCGCUAUGCUUUUGAGGGGUCAAUGAAGGGUAUCUAUGGCAAUAAUCGAAGUGAGCUGAACUGUUCCAAAAAGCCAACUUCAAUUUUAGUUUUUCCCUGUAUGGCGGAUCCACAGUCAGUGCUCACUUUGCUCAGCGUCAGUCACUAUCAUUAUGGCAUCGAUAUAACCGUGCUCAUUGUCUUCUUCUUUGCACUGCGUGUUCUCGGUUUUUUUGUCCUUAAGUGGCGUGCACGUAAUUCCACACGAGUAUCUGCUCUCUCCUCCUCCUCCUCCCACUCUCUAAUCCCACCAUUCCCAACUAUUAGUAUACGUUAUUUACAAAAACUAUUCUCGCUACUUUUAUUUGUCCUAACAAUUCAGUCUCUCCUUUUACACCUCUUUCUCACCCUCCCUUAUAUCGGCAUUCAUUCUUUUACAAACAAUUGA